CCAAGCACCGUUAAACCUCAGAAGAAGGGCUGAGAGGAGAGUGGAUCCAGCGUCCAAGGUCUGUUUGAGGGUGAAUGGGGUGACAGCAGAAGAGAGGGUAAUGGACUAGUACAGGGUGACAGGCUGCCAGGGAGCUGAGAGGAGGACAGGUGAGGAGUGGUGCUAUUGGAGCUUUAGCUGCUAGCGGAACGCUAUUAGUGUGGGAUGUUACGCUGGACAACCCACCUGGAAGGAGGGCCGCGGAGGGUGAACCAUGCUGCUGUCUCCGUGGGACACAAGGUGUUCUCCUUCGGAGGGUACUGCUCUGGAGAGGACUACGAGACGCUGAGACAGAUAGAUGUACACAUCUUUAACACAGUUUCUCUGCGGUGGAUGAAGUUGCCUCCAGUGAGAACAGGUGGUAGGGAACACGCCAGGGAUGUCCCCUACAUGCGUUACGGUCACACAGCCGUGCUGCUGGACGAUACCAUCUACAUCUGGGGGGGUCGUAACGACACGGAGGGGGCCUGCAACGUCCUCUAUGCCUUUGACAUCAACAACCACCGGUGGUUCACCCCUAAGAUUUCUGGAACGGUUCCGGGGGCGAGGGAUGGCCACUCUGCCUGCAUCCUGGGGAAGGCCAUGUACAUCUUUGGAGGAUACGAGCAGCUGGCUGACUGCUUCUCCAAUGACAUCCACAAGCUGGACACCACAACCAUGGCCUGGUCACUAAUCAAUACAAGGGGUACUCCAGCUCGUUGGAGGGACUUCCACUCUGCCACCAUCAUUGGCACUAAGAUGUUUGUGUUUGGAGGCAGAGCAGAUCGCUUCGGUCCGUUCCACUCUAAUAAUGAGAUCUACUGCAACAAGAUAAAGGUGUUUGAUACAGAGACCAACAGCUGGCUGAACACUGCUACUGCUCAGCUCCCACCAGAGGGACGACGUAGCCACUCAGCCUUUUCCUGUAACGGGGAGCUGUAUAUAUUCGGGGGCUACAACGCUCGUCUGGACCGACACUUCAACGACCUUUGGAAGUUCAACCCAGAGACGUUUUCGUGGAAGAAGGUAGAGCCGCAGGGUAAAGGUCCGUGCCCCAGGAGGAGACAGUGCUGUUGCAUGGUGGGAGAUCGGAUCAUCCUGUUUGGAGGAACCAGCCCAUGUCCAGAACAGGGGAUGGGAGAUGAGUUUAACCUCAUGGAUCAUUCUGACCUCUACAUACUAGACUUCAGUCCUAAUCUGAAGACAUUAUGCAAGCUAGCUGUUAUUAACUACAGUCUUGACCAGGGUGGUCUACCACACGACAUCAGGUGGGAGCUGAACGCCAUGACCACCAACAGUAACAUCAGCAGACCUAUCUUCUCCUCUCAUGGCUAAACUGACCCAGAACACCAGGGCUGAACUGACCUCAAAACUACCACAAUACCAGAACACCAGGGCUGAACUGACCCAGAGCUACCACAGUACCAGAACACCAGGGCUGAACUGACCCAGAGCUACCACAGUACCAGAACACCAGGGCUGAACUGACCCAGAGCUACCACAGUACCAGAACACCAGGGCUGAACUGACCCAGAGCUACCACAGUACCAGAACACCAGGGCUGAACUGACCCAGAGCUACCACAGUACCAGAACACCAGGGCUGAACUGACCCAGAGCUACCACAGUACCAGAACACCAGGGCUGAACUGACCCAGAGCUACCACAGUACCAGAACACCAGGGCUGAACUGACCCAGAGCUACCACAGUACCAGAACACCAGGGCUGAACUGACCCAGAGCUAGCUGGCUGUCAUAGUACCAGAACACCAGGGCUGAACUGACCCAGAGCUACCACACUACCAGAACACCAGGGCUGAACUGACCCAGAGCUACCACAGUACCAGAACACCAGGGCUGAACUGACCCAGAGCUACCACAGUACCAGAACUGCAGGGCUGAACUGACCCAGAGCUACCACAGUACCAGAACACCAGGGCUGAACUGACCCAGAGCUACCACAGUACCAGAACACCAGGGCUGAACUGACCCAGAGCUAGCUGGCUGUCAUAGUACCAGAAGAUGAUCCACCAUCUGAGCUGGCCUUUGACGCUACUAGAACCUGGCAGAGAACCCUACGGUCUGGCCUUUGACGCUACUAGAACCUGGCAGAGAACCCUACGGUCUGGCCUUUGAUGCUACUAGAACCUGGCAGAGAACCCUACGGUCUGGCCUUUGACGCUACUAGAACCUGGCAGAGAACCCUACGGUCUGGCCUUUGACGCUACUAGAACCUGGCAGAGAACCCUACGGUCUGGCCUUUGACGCUACUAGAACCUGGCAGAGAACCCUACGGUCUGGCCUUUGACGCUACUAGAACCUGGCAGAGAACCCUACGGUCUGGCCUUAACCAAGUGCACUUAGCUCCAGCAGUAUCAGGGCUGACUCCACCAGAACCUUAACGCUCUGAAGUCCUGUCAGUAAAACCAUGUUUCUGGUUGUCCUAGGUCUGGUUCUCUACCUGCCAGGGCUGUUUGAAUCUACUGGACCUGAAGACCUGGAGGCUGUCUGUUUUUACAGUAACAUUUUGAUCUGGUCUGAAUUGGAGUUUUCUUCUUCCUUGUCUAUCUAUCGCUCUCUCUCUCGCUUCUCUUGUUGUCCUCCCUGGACACUAUCAGGAGGGGGUGAAUGGUGCAUUAGUAUCUGGGUUUGUGUUGCUCUCUUUCUCAAUGUGAAUCACCUUGAUCGUUUUUUACCAGUAUUACGACAAGCAGAACAUAUUCUUCACUCAACACUGAUUUCUCUUUCUUGAAAGAGUUGCAGAAGUGAAUGCUGACAUUUUGACAUUUAGUUUUCUCUGCUCCGUACUCUCUCCUGACUGAUCAAAUGUCUGUGAUGAUUACCAUAUAUUUAAAGGGGCACCCCUCCACCAUUGGUUUUGUUGAACAGCUCAUCAGGGAAGGGACAGAAGUUCUGAACUCCAAAUGUCCUGAGUGGAUAACUAACCUCUCUUCUCUCUGUGGAGGUGAAAUACGUGUCAUCCCACUGUACCAGCUGAGAGAAUGCCUCUAGAAUGCCUCUAGAAUGCCUCUAGAAUGCAUCCGACACAGCCAACCACCGUAGAACCCCAUACGGCUGUGCUGCUCACUGCUUACAGCUGACUCUAGAAGUUAGAAUAAGCUUAACAAAGUUAAAAGUUCCAUUCAUCUCCUGGUUAGUCUUUAACUGUCACUGGUGCAACAGGUGAAGAUUUUGGA